CAGGAGAGAUUGGCCUGGUGUCGGCUUCUCGUUCCCACAACGCUCUACAGGGCCUGCGGCGCCUGCUGGGAGCUGUAGUCCUAGCUCUGCGUACUGCGUUCGCCGAGGGGGAGGGCGGAGCUGCCGGCGGCCCGGGCGGGCUGGCAGCUAGAGUGGGUGCGAUAGCCGCCUCCGCCUCUGCCGCCUCCGCCGUCGCCUCCUCCGCCCGGGCUGUUCGCUGCUGCGCGGGGAGAGCGAGGCGGGGCCGCCGGGGCCGCCAUGGAGCCCGACUCGGUGAUUGAGGACAAGACCAUCGAGCUCAUGUGUUCUGUGCCAAGGUCUUUGUGGCUAGGCUGCGCCAACCUGGUAGAGAGCAUGUGCGCACUGAGUUGCCUGCAGAGCAUGCCCAGUGUCAGAUGUCUCCAGAACACUUCAGUUAUGGAGGAUCAAAAUGAAGAUGAGUCCCCAAAGAAAAAUACUCUUUGGCAGAUAAGUAAUGGAACAUCAUCAGUGAUCGUCUCCAGAAAGAGGCCAUCAGAAGGAAACUAUCAAAAAGAAAAAGACUUGUGUAUUAAAUAUUUUGACCAGUGGUCUGAAUCAGAUCAAGUGGAAUUUGUGGAACACCUUAUUUCACGAAUGUGUCAUUACCAGCAUGGACAUAUUAACUCUUACCUGAAGCCCAUGUUGCAGCGGGACUUUAUUACCGCUUUACCAGAGCAAGGUUUAGAUCACAUAGCAGAAAACAUUCUUUCCUACCUGGAUGCCAGGUCUCUGUGUGCAGCAGAGCUGGUAUGUAAGGAAUGGCAGCGAGUGAUCUCCGAAGGAAUGCUUUGGAAGAAGUUGAUUGAACGAAUGGUGCGCACUGACCCUCUAUGGAAGGGACUUUCAGAAAGAAGAGGGUGGGAUCAGUACCUGUUUAAAAACAGACCAACAGAUGGCCCUCCCAAUUCAUUUUAUAGGUCAUUAUACCCAAAGAUUAUCCAGGAUAUAGAGACUAUAGAAUCUAACUGGCGGUGUGGACGACACAACUUGCAGAGGAUUCAGUGCCGCUCUGAAAAUAGUAAAGGUGUCUACUGUUUACAGUAUGAUGAUGAAAAAAUUAUCAGUGGCCUUCGAGAUAAUUCUAUUAAGAUCUGGGAUAAAACCAGCUUGGAAUGUUUGAAAGUGUUAACGGGACACACUGGCUCUGUCCUUUGUCUCCAGUAUGAUGAACGUGUCAUUGUGACUGGCUCUUCUGACUCUACAGUGAGAGUCUGGGAUGUGAACACGGGUGAAGUUCUGAACACGUUGAUCCACCACAACGAGGCUGUACUGCACUUACGCUUCAGCAAUGGACUGAUGGUGACCUGUUCCAAGGACCGCUCCAUCGCAGUGUGGGACAUGGCUUCUGCCACUGAUAUCACUUUACGCCGUGUCCUGGUUGGCCACCGUGCUGCUGUCAAUGUAGUAGACUUUGACGAUAAGUACAUAGUGUCUGCCUCUGGGGACAGGACCAUCAAAGUCUGGAGCACGAGCACCUGUGAAUUUGUUCGUACUCUGAAUGGGCACAAGCGAGGCAUUGCCUGUCUCCAGUACAGGGAUCGGCUGGUUGUUAGUGGAUCAUCGGAUAAUACCAUAAGACUGUGGGAUAUUGAAUGUGGCGCCUGUUUAAGAGUCCUAGAGGGACAUGAAGAAUUGGUCCGAUGCAUCCGGUUUGAUAACAAGAGGAUUGUCAGUGGGGCCUAUGAUGGGAAAAUCAAAGUUUGGGACUUGCAGGCUGCUCUCGACCCCCGAGCCCCAGCAAGCACGUUGUGUCUGCGCACAUUGGUGGAACAUUCUGGACGUGUGUUUCGGCUACAGUUUGAUGAAUUUCAGAUCAUCAGCAGCUCCCAUGAUGACACAAUUUUGAUUUGGGAUUUCUUAAAUGUGCCUCCCAGUGCCCAGAAUGAGACCCGUUCUCCCUCCAGAACAUACACUUACAUCUCCAGAUAACAGUCUGCACUUUACCUGUUUCAGACACAACAGGUACCCUGGAAGCCAAGUCCUUUGCUCCGGUAACAGGAAGACUUAGGGCCAUAAUAACAUUGAUGAUGGCAUGUUUUGAUUACUAAGGGUGUCCAGGUAGAGGAUGAGAAGCCUUACUUGGCAGUGUCCUUGGGACUGAUGACCAUGUUCUUCUGGAGCAGUAUUCCCAACUCUUGAGAAUUUUGCGAGGGAGCCUGUGAAUUCUGUGCACAUUAAACUUUGUAGAUUGAAUAAAUAAUGUUUGUGCAUAUUUGUACUGUCAUGUAUAUAUGUAUGUAAAGACUGUUAAUAAAAUUCAUAUUUAUGUAAAAACAUUACUUAAUGCUUAGUAGCUUUUUGUCAUUGUAUAUUUUCCUGUUCAUUGAAUAUUAAAAAUGUAAAGAAAGUCCGUGUGUAGAAUCGUGAAAUUUUUGGGGUGAAAAGAUAGGGAAUCACUGCUUUCUAGAUCACUAAGUUGACAUCUUUUCAGAUACUCCUUAUUUCUGCUCCAGGAAGUUUAUCUUAUUCAGGGUCAGCAGGCUACAGCUGGAGGCCAAAUUUGACCCACUGCCUUAUUUUUUUUUAUCCUUACCAUAGCAAUCUAAGAAUAGUUUUUUACACUUUUAAAUACUUUGAAACAAUUAAAAGAAGAAUAUUAUUUUAGAACAUGUGAAAAUUAUAUAAAAUUCAAAUUCCAGUGCCCAUAAGUAGUUUUAUUGGAGCACAGCCACAGCUCAUCUGUUUAUGUAUUGUCUGUGGCUGGUUUCGUGCUUCAGUGGCAGAGCUGAGUAGUUGCAAAAGAGACUGUGUGGCCUAAAAUAUGUACAAUCUGGCCCAUUAAGAAGAAGCAUGCGGACCUCUGGUCUUGCCCCUGUUCCAUCUAUUAGUGAUAAACCAAGGAUCUGCAUCAGGAAUGGCAAAUGCAUUGUUUCUUCAUGCCAACUCAGUUUGAUCCGUAGUGACUGGCUGGUGUACUGCCUUUGGAAGGAUGAUGGGACCCCACGUGGACCCAGAAGGCCUAAGUGCCUCGAUGGCUUGGCUGUGCCUCCCUGGCUAUAGGAUCUGAGCCACAGUAGUGACCUGUAAGCCACAUACAUAGUUGCCGUUCCUAGUCUCAACUGUGUUCAUACUGGCUCUUGUGACAGUGGCCAUCUCCCUUGCUGCUUUCUCUCUGGAUAGAUUCUUCACAAGUCAGUUGAGAAAUUCACAUGGCAGAAUUUUUACAUUUAUUGAAUUAUAGGAAAUUACAGAGGAAGAAGGCAAGGAUCUCUUUUUUGGGGGGUGGGGUGGCGCUGCAUUUGAUCUUCGUUACGGUGCGCGGGCUUCUCAUUGCGGUGGCUUCUCUUGUUGCAGAGCACAGGCUCUAAGCGCGUGGGCUUCAGUAGUUGUGGCUUAUGGGCUCUAGAGCGCAGGCUCAGCAGUUGUGGCGCACGGGCUUAGUUGCUCCGCAGCCUGUGGGAUCCUCCUGGACCAGGGCUCAAACCCGCGUCCCCUGCAUUGGCAGGUGGAUUCAUAACCACCGUGCCACCAGGGAAGCCCGGCAAGGAUUUUUUGAGUGAUUGCUCUUCCCCGCCUCAACCUCCCUUCACCCCAAACCAAAGAAAUACAUAAGGAAGGAGGAAGGGACCCAAAUGAAAACUGAUUUCCUCCUUCCUGGUCUCUUCUUCUCCCUCUUCAGCCCACCCUUCAUCCUGUUACCAACUAUGGUCAUCUUAGCCCUGCCUCUCCUCUUCACUAGCUUCCUUUUGUUUUCAGGAGCAAGGCUUAGCUAAGAUUAGCUAACAGAAAUUUCAAUAUCUAGCUCUUACCUUCUGUCCUCUCUACCCUCCCCCACCCCAGCCUUGCAUUCUUGCCUCCCAAAAAUCCAGGGCUCCAACCAGACUGAAUUCUGUUUAAUUUCCCUAAUUACACUUCAGUAGUACAGACCUCUGCCACCUCCCUCCCCUUGCUUGUGUUGUUAGGGUUUUGUGGAUACCACCACACCCCCACUCCUUUACUUCAUCUGACUUAAUUUAUUAUUUGGUAUUGAAAUAAUUUGCAUGCCUGUCUCUCUUACCAGGCGUGGAGCUCCUUUUAUUUUGGAGCCCCAGUCUCUAAUAGAGCACACAGUGUAUUAUGAGUGCUUGUUGACAUUUGUUGGUCAAGUGACACCCGGGGCCAACAUGACAUCUCUGUGCUCUUUCUCCUGGGCCAACAAGAAUUUGCCCAUAAAUAAAUAUGUGCGAAACUGCAGUGUAUUCAUACACCUUCCACAAAGAUAAUAGCUCAGUAAGAAAUUAGAAUAAGUUGUCUAAAGUGGCAUAGUCAAGUACUAGAUAUAUUCCUUACAUAUAGACAGGUACCUAGAUGUACACAUCUCCCUCUGCCCCGCCCCCUUCACCUUCGCUAAGCCCCAUUGCUGUUUUUGAAUCAAUUUUAUUGAGGUAUGAUUUUUGUAAAACAGAUUGUACCCACUUAAAUUAUACUGUUUUGUGACAAGUUUUUACGAAUAUAUACACCCCUGCAAUUACCUCCACACUCCAGGUAAGAAUAUUUUUAUCACCCCCCAGAAGUUCCCUUGUGUCCUCUUUGUAGUCAGAGCCUGAUCCCAUCACAGCCUUAGCAAACACUGACCUGCUUCCUUUCACUAGAUUAGUUUACAUUUUCUACAGCUGCACUGUCCACUUUGUGAUGGUUUUUUUUUAAAUUUAUUUAUUUAAUUAAUUUAUUUUUGGCUGUGUUGGAUCUUCGUUGCUGUGCGUGAGCUUUCUCUAGUUGCAGUGAGCCAGGGUUGCUCUUCACUGUGGUGCGCGGGCUUCUCACUGUGGUGGCUUCUCUUGUUGCGGAGAACAGGCUCUAGGCACACGGACUUCAGUAGUUGUAGCACAUGGGCUUAGUUGCUCUGCGGCAUGUGGGAUCUUCCCGGACCAGGGAUCAAACCCGUGUCCCCUGCAUUGCCAGGUAUAUUCUUAACCACUGUGCCACCAGGGAAGUCCCUGCACUGUCCACUUUGAUAGUCACGAGCUGUAUGUGGCUAUUAAGCUCAUGAAAUGUGUCCGGUUUGGUUUAGGAACUGAAGUUUUAAUUAUAUUUGAAUUGAAUUGAAUUGGAUUGGCUUUUUAAUUGUAUUUAAUUGUACUUCAUUUAAACUUAAAUUUAAAUAGCUACAUGUAGCGGGCUUCCCUGGUGGUGCAGUGGUUGGGAGUCCGCCUGCCAGAGCAGGGGACGCGGGUUCGAGCCCUGGUCCGGGAAGAUCCCACGUGCCACGGAGCAGCUGGGCCUGUGCGCCACGGCUGCUGGGCUUGUGCUCUGGAGCCCGCGAGCUGCAGCUGCUGGGCCUGCGUACCACAACUACUGAACCCUGUGCACCUGGAGCCUGUGCUCCGCAGCGGGAGAGGCCACCAUAGUGAGGGGCCCCCGCUCACUGCAGCUGGAGGGAGCCCGUGUGCAGCAAUGGAGACCCAACGCAGCCAAAAAUUUUUAAAAAUAAAAUAUAAAAUAUAAAUAGCUACGUGUAGCUAGUGACUACCGUGUUUGGACCAGCAUCGUUGUAAGAGUUUUAUAUGCUUAGGUUUUACAUUUAGGUCUUUGAUCCGUUUAGAAUUAAUUUUGUGAAUGGUGUUUUUUAUACAGCCUUCUAGUUGUUCCAGCUCUUUUGGGUUAAAAGACUGUCCUCUUCCCAUCGAAUUGUUAUAGCACUCUGUCAAAAACUCAAUUGACCACUUGUUUGUUAUACUUUUUCUGGCCUCUAUUCUGUUCUGUGAUCUAUGGCUUUCCUUUUGCCAAUACCACGCUGUGUAAUAAGUCAGUUUUAAAAAAAAUUGUUUUGACUCUUCUAGGUCCUCUUGGUUUUCAUACUCAUUUUUGAAUGAAAUCGUCAAAUUCUAUGAAGAUUAUGGGAUUAUGAUCAGGACUGCAUUGACUCUAAAGGUCACCUUGGGGAGAAUUUCCAUCUUUAACAAAUGCUGAGUCUUCUAAUCCAUAAACCCAGUAUAUCUCUUUACUAUUUAGGUCUUCUUCAGUUUCUCUUCAGCAGUGUUUUGCAGUUUUUAGUGUAGAAGUCUUGCACACCUUUUGUUAAGUUUAUUCUGUUCUUAAUUUUUUAUUUUCUGUGCUAUACAUUCUCUCUGCAUUGCUUUGACUAUAUCCCAAUGCUUCUGCUUUUAUUUUCCCACAUAGAUAAAUAGAUAAAAUAGAACACAGACAACUACAAUUGUGGCUGAGCUUCUGGAAUGGAUAGGGUCAGGGGAGUAGGUAUAUCAAACAACAACUUAAGUAUACCUCUUUUGUAGUUUGGAUAUGUGUUUGUGUCUUUCCACUGUUAAAGAAGCACAUGAUAAAAUCUAAGACAUCUGUAGUAUGUUUUCUCCCCCUCUGGCGAAUUUGAUAGAUGAAUUAUAGAACAUAGUAAACUUUCACAAAUUGGACAACUUUUAUAUACUACUUUAAAAUGCCGUGAAAUUAGAUUCCUUUGAUUGAGAGAUGAAAUGAUCACCAAUGCCGUUUCUCUCAUUGGCUGUGGUGGAAAGGAAACUGUAGUGUUACUUCUUCCAGGCCCUCCUCUCGCCCCCUUUUUGGGAAACUAAGAACAACUGCCUUGUUAUGAUCCACAAUUAUAAAUCAGUGGAAAAAUCUUAUCUGCUUUUUAAGCAGCACAAGCAAUGAAACCUCAAAUGUGUUUGUCUCUUCAAAGUGAAUUACUUCUGACAACCUUGGCAGUCAACUUUAUAGAUUUUAUUGCUCUUUUCCAAAUUCUUUUCAUUUAUUGUAACAUGAAAAAAAUUAUUACCAUGUGAUGCUGUAAAAUUUAUGCAUAAUAAGAAACACUACCCUAAUGAUGAUUUAACCUUGCAGUAAAAUAUUUACCCCUAAAAUAUAAGGUAGGAGUAUUUCUAUGUCGAGAAAUUUAGCAAUAGAUUUUUCUGCUGAGUCAUUUUUUUUUUAAAAAAAUUACUAACUCCCAAGAGCUAUGUAUACAGUAGCUCUCUUUUUUAUUAUGAGACAAUAUUAGGAAAUUAGUAAAAAGUAGAUAACUCCUCUUCUUGGUUCACCAUUAUUAACUCCUUUGUAUGUAGCCUUUCAGGCUUUUAAAAAUUAUGUUUGAUAACUGUGCUUUUUUUUUCUUUAUUGUGAAAUUGUUGCCUGUCAGUAAUGUCACUAUUUGUCUAAAUUACUGUUCCUAAUGGCAAAAUCAUGUUUGAUUGUUUGGAUAUGCACCUGUUAUAUAUUUAUAUCCCCCCCCCAGCUUUUAAUUAUUAUAAAACACAUUGCCAUGAUUCUUUCAGCUUAAUCUUUGCCCAACCUUUUAUUACCUUUGGAUAGAAUUCUAGAAAUGUCUGCAGUGUCUAGGUUGAAAGCUAUGAUGUUUAAAGAGGUUUGAUACUUAAGAGUUGUGUUAACCCUCCAGAAGAGUUACAUCAGUUGACAUUCCCACCAGCAGCGUUUGAGAGUGCUGACUUCUUAUCUCUGGGUGUUAAUAUUUUUAAAAUAAUUCAAAUACUCUUACAUAUCCUUCAUGGGAAAACAGUGGCAGAUGAAAUUGUGAAUCUGUCUUGCGUUCGUUUGGAAGCUUAUUAGGAUUCUUGUGAAAUUAGGAUUUUGUGGAAAUUAACAACCUUUUAGGAAAAUUGCCUUUAAAAAAAUAUAUACAAGGUUUAAAAGCAAAACAAAACCAAACAACCACCCCCACCCCCACCCCCUUUCUUUUUCUCUCUCUCUUUUUGGCCAUAGCAUUUUAGACCUAAAGGUGACUUAGAUCUUCCAGGCCAAUGGUUUAGUGCAGUGUUUGGAAAGGGUUGUAACUUAUUAGUGGUUGUGAAAUCAUUUUAAUGGAUUUUGACUUUGGGUAAAAUUUAGGACAUAAAAUGUCAGCCUGCAUUGUCCAUAGUAACGAUUAGUGUUGGAAUGUUAGAAUGUUCUGCGUAGGGGUAUGUGUGUGUAUUUACAUACACGGAUGAAUGUAGAGACUGUGAUUAAAAUGUGUUCCUGACUCAAGGUCAUGGUCAAAAAAAUAUAGAACAUUCAGUUGUCUUCCCCUCUACAUUGUGUUGUCCUUUUAUAAAUGAUUUAUUUCAAAAAGAAGUAAUUUCUGACUGUUGGCAUUCUGUUUAGAAGGAGUACUCUGUUUACUAGCUUUUACAUAUUUUUGUUUCACAGUGAUAGAUGAAGACUCUGGGUCGGUCAUGAGAGAGGUCCUGGUGGCCUCUGGAUGGCGUAAAUUUAAGAUUAUGCUAAAUAUAAAAUCUAACAUUAAGCAUAUUUUGUUACAUGCAUAACUUUUAGCAGCAUGAAAGAUGAUAGGUUAUAGGGUCAGUCAUCUAUUAGAAUCCCCUCUCUGUCACUUAACGGCUAAUGCUUGCUUUUUUUUUUUUUUUU